AUGGAAACAGAGGGUUUGUUGUUACUGAAGAAGAUUCCGCAGUCUGGAUCAUGUCAUUUUUGUAUAAAUGUCCAAUGCGGGAGGAACCUUAUGACCAUUCUGGGAAUACUAUGUGCCUUUACGUGUUCAGCCAUAAUAUUAAUAAAGGACAGAAAACAUAUAACCACUACGACAAUUAUACUAAUUAUAUUCUUGUCACUCUUUGUGGCAAUUACUAUGUUGUUUGUGUUCACAUCUGUUCUAUUACUAUUGGCGGCAUUAGAUGAGAAUCCAGACCUUAUGUCAAAUUACAUAUGGCAUAGUAUAAUAUACCUGUGUCUACAACUAUUGCUUUCAAUAGCCAUUCCAUUGAUAUUGAUCGCGGAAGGAAGAUACUCUGUUACGAUAGCGUUGGUGUGGAUGGUGAUAGUCAUGAUUAUAGGCCUUGGUUGGACGCAUUUUAUCUCCGUUGUCAGCACUUUUAAGAACAGUUUACUCUCAUAA